AUGCUAACCCACUGGCUGGCUUCAAUAACUUGGAUGUUAGCUAACCUAAGGUGGGGCUGUAGUUCAGUGAGUGACUGCAGCAAACGCUUGGAUGUGAAUAGUGGCAGCUGCUGCGCCAUACCCGACGUUAAUUUUGAGCCCUAUCGUCAAAGUUGUGGCCACUUUCUGAACAAUAGCCAAAGCAGCUUGAUACCCUGUCUAGUGGACUGCAUCUUCAAUGCCAGCCACGUGCUGAUUGGCAAUCAGAUGAAUGCGGAUAAUGCACGUAAGAUGACAGAGCAGCUAAUGAGCGCUAAUCCGGACUUUGUGGACAUUUCUGUGACGGCUCUGCUGAACUGCUCGGCCAACAAAGAGCAGUGGGAAAAGUUUCACAAGCGCCGUUUCUUUGGCAAUUACAAGUGUAGCCUAUUGCCUCUCUAUCUGAGAACGUGCGCCGUCGAAAUCGCUUUCGUCAACUGUCCCACGAGCAGCUGGAAAGGCGGCAAGGCGUGCGAGGAGGCGCGCGAAUAUAAACUGAAUUGCAAGUGCGAUUUAAGUGGAAGAGUUUGUAGUGCAAGAACUUGA